AUGCAGUCAGCAGUGGAGCAUGUGCGGGGCAGCACUCAGUUGCCGGAUCUGCAGGCCGAGGAUGUGGAGCUCAUGUAUAUGGUGUGUGCGUUCGAGACAUCCUGGCAGCGUCGGAGGCAGCGCGAGUCCGUCUGGUGCAGCUUCUUUGAUGUGGAUAGCUUGAAGGCUUUGGAGUUUGCCAAGGAUCUGGAGUACUAUUGGAACGAUGGCUAUGGCUAUGAGCUGACCCAUCGCAUUGCCUGUCCGGCGAUAGCAGAUAUGUUUGCAGCCAUCGACCCAAUCUCCCAGGCCUCCAUGCGUGCCAAUGCCACGUUCUACUUCACUCACUCGGGCACACUGCUGAAGCUACUGGCCCAUCUCGGUCUGGCCAAGGACAAGGAGGCACUCACCCACAAGCAUUUUGGCAGCGAGCGUCUCUGGCGCACCAGUGAAAUCGAUGCCUUUGCGACCAACUUGGCAUUUUUGCGCUACGAAUGCGAGCAGGAGCCGCCCCGUGUUUUGGUGAUGCACCAGGAGCGUGUCGUCCGCCUGCCUGGUUGCCCCCAAAACGAGGAUCUGUGCUCGCUUGCCACGCUACGCCGCCUAUAUGCGGACAACGUGGAACGCUGCGACUUUGAGGCCCUCUGCCAGCCCGACGAUACGAAAUGA